UUCUUUCCCUCUGCUUUUAAGCCGUCCCUCGCUUACUUAGCACUUUUCAGUACCUAAAAUCCUMCCACUCCCCUUAAGGGGAACGUUUAGCUUUCCGACUAAGGCUAAACUAAGCCUAAGGCUAGGCUGCGUUUAACGUUGCUUUCGCAGACUGUGUUUCCAUGUUUGGUUGCUCCCUCGUUUAUUUAGUGUUUUUGUGCAGCCAGCCCUCCGCAGAUGCUCUCCGUGAGCGACCUCCAGGAAGCAGCUCACGAGAUUGCCAAGCUGAGCAUCGCCCACGAAAUCGUGCUCAACCGGGACUUCCAGCUGCCAGCCGGCACCCUCGCCCCAAACAGCCUGGAAAACAGAGUGAAGGAGACACUGCACAGAGCCUUCUGGGACAGGCUGAAGGAGCAGCUCUCUGCUAGUCCCCCAGACUACASUCAGGCCAUCCAGCUGCUGCAGGAGAUAAAGGAGGCUCUGCUGUCGCUGCUGCUGCCCCGGCACAACCGGCUGCGCAGCGAGAUUGAAGCCGCUCUGGACAUGGAGCUGAUCCGGCAGGAGGCGGCACACGGGGCGCUGGACGUGGGGCGCCUCUCGGCACGCGUGCUGGGCACCAUGGCCGCGCUGUGCGCGCCUCUGCGCGACGACGACGUGCGGGCGCUGCGCGGCCUCUCGGAUCCGGUGCAGCUCCUCAGGGAAAUUUUCCGAGUGUUGGACCUCAUGAAAAUGGAUAUGUUGAAUUUUACCAUCCAAAGCCUCCGGCCCCACUUGCAGGAGCACUCGGUCCAGUAUGAACGAAAGAAAUUCCAGGAGCUCUUAGAUAAGCUGCCUAGCAGCCUGGAGCACACAGCGCAGUGGCUGCGCAGGGCGGCAGCAGAGGCGGCCGCGGCCCCGCGGGGAGCRGGCGGCAGCGCUGAGCCCAGCCCUGCGGCGGUGCUGGACCGAGCCUACAUGAACCUGCUCCGCUGGGCGCCUGCCCACAGGGAAUACCCCGAGACGCUCUUCAUGGACCAGGCCCGCCUGCAGGAAGUGCGGUCGCAGGUGAACCAGCUCGUCAUCGUAGCUGCAGUGCUGCUAGUGACCAGUKGCACGUGUGGAAGCACCUUGUUUGGUUCACCUGGGUUUGGAGCUAGGCUGAAACGGGUAACAAAGGUCCUCCUGGAAGGGCUCUCUUCUACCAGGUGUGAGGAGGCCCUGCACGACGUCGGCGAUCAAGUGCUGCAGGAGGUCGGCAGGACGCUGUCCCAGCUGGGGUAUCCCGCGCUCACCGCAGACCAACGCGCCUCCCUGAAGGGCCAGAUCUGCAGCAUCGCGGACGAGGACAACGCAGUGCGGAGGGUGGUCGAGCAGCGGAUUCAUUCAUUCCUCAGCCUCUUUAUUUCCCCUAACGGACAGAACUCUCCCAAGGACCUCCCAAAGGGCCUCGAAGCCAUUCAAGAAGAGUUGCUGGCCGUCGGACGCAGGUUUGGAACUGUGGUCCACCACAACAGACAGGUGUUUGCACCUUACUACUCAGAAAUCCUCAAGAAAGUGCUUCUCCCAGAACCACACGCUGCAAGAGACUCCUGAUCAUCUUGCUUCAUAUCGCUCAGGA